AUGCCAGCAUCGCCUCCUCAGAAGAUAGAUGGCGCGUUUCUGGAACUACCAGGCGAGAUACGCAAUAAGAUAUACACUAUGGCCAUCUAUCCAGAGUUGUCGUCGAUUGUGAUCGCAAAUUGUACCAAGCCGGAACAUCUUGCUGCAUCGGUGCUGCAUCUUCCUCUCUUUCGCGUCUGUCGCCAAAUUCGGGCCGAAUGUCUUUCCUACAUCUGCGCCACUUUUCCUCUAAGGAUUCUUGGCCUACAAACCGCGCUUCUCUUCUUCUCUUGUGCGGGAACAGCUAUCUCCGAGAUAAAGGCACUCGUCCUUGUGCAGCCGGCCACGAGUAUUGUAGAAAGCAAAGGGGGUCGAGACAGGGUGGAGCACUUCCUUGCGGCGCUAAACAUGAUGGACGAGUUGAACGAGAUGAGGUUGGAGGGAAUGGGGAGCAUGUCAAGGUUAGGGCAUGGUGGAGAGCAUAUGGAUUUUGUAAGGAAAGUAGAGGACUUGAGCAAGAAAGGCGUAGAUGUGCAAGUCAGGUUUGGGAAAAGAUAG